UACGUUCUCCUCUGUGCGGUCAAAGAAGGGUCUCUUAUCGGCGCUUGUCUGCACGUGACGCCGGACCCUGUGAUGUAACACGUGGCGCCGCCCCGGCACGCGACGACUUUGGGCGCGCGCUCACUAUAACGCAAGAAGUGCGCGGUGGUGCGUGGGCUGCCGCUCAGACAGGAAGAGGCGCCAUGGCGUACGCCAAGCUGCUAGCUGCGCUCCGCAGGACGAGCUCCGCGAACCUGAGAAACGCGCACCUCUCGCUCGGAAGGUGUCGCCCGUCGGUGGCCUCCACGCGGAGGCGCGAGGACAAGGAGCAGCCGCUGGACGGCUGCCCCGUGGUGGAGGCAGUGCCGGUGGAGCUCAUCAGCCAGAGCAUCAAAGCGACCGACGCGCCGAGGAGCGAGAUCCACAUUGACUUCGACAACACUGAGGAAGCGUAUAAAAGCAAAGGCAACCUGGAGCUGAUCCGGAGUCUGCUGGUCUUCAAACUCUGCACCGUCGACGUGCUGGUCGAAAAGAACAAGGAGCUGAUGGAGCUGAGCAAGAAGCUUCUGGGCCAGAGGCUGUUCGAGAGGCUGAUGAAGAUGACGUUUUACGGCCAGUUCGUGGCGGGCGAGGACCACAACGCCAUCAAGCCUCUGAUCGAGAAGAACCGGGCCUUCGGCGUGGGGGCCGUUCUGGACUACAGCGUCGAGGAGGACCUGACACAAGAGGAGGCAGAGAGGAAGGAAAUGGAUUCGUGUGUUUCCGAAGCAGAAAAGGAAAGUCCAGGCGCUGAUCAUCGUGAGAGGAAGUACAAGGCUCAUCGUCAGUUUGGGGACCGGCGUGGGGGCGUCAUCAGCGCUCGCACCUACUUCUAUGCGGAUGAGGCCAAAUGUGACAACCAAAUGGAGACGUUCAUAAACUGCAUCAAAGCCUCUGGUGGAGCUUCUGCUGAUGGGUUCUCUGCCAUUAAAAUGACGGCUCUGGGACGCCCGCAGUUCCUACUCCAGUUCUCAGAGGUCCUGGUUAAGUGGAGACGGUUCUUUAACUUCCUGGCUGCACUGCAGGGAAAAUCUGAAAUGAUGGUUUUGGAGCAGAAGCUGGAGCUGGACCAGCUAAAGGAAAAUUUGACCAAGUUGGGUGUUGGAUCUAGGGAUGAAAUUGACAACUGGUUCAGCGGGGAGAAGCUGGGUGUGUCUGGAACGAUAGAUCUUCUGGACUGGAACAGUUUAAUAGACGAUACAACAAAAAUCUCCAAUUUGCUGAUGGUGCCAAACCUAGAGACGGGCCAGCUGGAGUCUCUGCUGAACAGGUUCACCGCCGAGGAGGAGCGGCAGAUGAAGCGCAUGCUCCAGAGGGUGGACAUCCUGGCCAACCACGCUCUGGAUAACGGGGUGAGACUGAUGGUCGAUGCAGAGCAGACGUACUUCCAGCCCGCCAUCAGUCGACUCACCCUGGAAAUGCAGAGGAGGUUCAACCGAGAGAAGCCUGUUAUCUUCAACACGUACCAGUGUUACCUGAAGGAAGCGUAUGACAAUGUAACCCUGGACGUGGAGCUGUCGAGGCGAGAAGGCUGGUACUUCGGGGCCAAGCUGGUCCGAGGAGCCUACAUGUACCAGGAGAGGGCCCGGGCCCAGGAAAUCGGCUACGAGGACCCGAUAAACCCCGACUAUGAAGCCACGAACAGGAUGUACCAUAAGUGUUUGGAGUACGUGCUGGAGGAGAUCGAGCACAGCAGGAAAGCAAACGUCAUGGUUGCGACUCACAAUGAGGACACCGUGAAAUUCACCCUAGAACAGAUGAACGAGAUGGGCCUCUCCCCCACUGAGAAUAAAGUUUAUUUUGGACAGCUGCUGGGCAUGUGUGACCAGAUCAGCUUCCCGCUAGGUCAGGCAGGGUUCCCAGUCUACAAGUACGUUCCCUACGGCCCGGUGAAUGAGGUCAUUCCCUACCUUUCUCGCCGGGCUCAGGAGAACCGCGGCUUCAUGAAAGGCUCGCAGAGAGAGCGCAGCCUGCUGUGGAAGGAGCUGAAGCGCAGGCUGGCGGCGGGACAGAUCUCCUUCAAGCCCGUCUACUGAGUGGCUCCACCACAUGAAUGUGUCUGUAAGCAUUCCACCGUGUGACUGCACAGCCGCCGGUAGCUUCGCUCCUAGCGGCUGCUUAUUGUCCUACCUACUGUGUUGGGUUUCGUUUAAAUGGGAGUGUGGCGUGAUAUGUGGUCGAACUGGAUGAGUUCUAGAUCAAAACAUAAACUAGUAUAAGGAGCAUUUUGUUUGAAUGUAAAAAGGAAAGUGAUUUAAAAAAAAAAAAGUAGGUCAGAUAACGAGGUUUCAGUUUUUGUUUUGCUUGCUCUGCCUGCAUGGUUUCAUCUACACAGAGCAGACAACUGGAAGGAGACAGAAAAAAUGCUGCUAGGAUUAAAGGUCGCGUAGUUCGGAAACUAAAACAGAAGCUGUCUAAGUCUAAAGCUCUUGUGGACUUAGGAGGAGUGGGAGGUGCCAUUUACGUGCAAGAUUGGUGGCGGAUGUAAAUUAAAAAUAAAUGACAUUUCUCAAACAGAAUUUCAAGCAUCAGGAAAAACAAUAUUUAUUCCCUUGGAAAGAUUUUAUUAAUAUAAAAGAAUCAAAGUAUUAUAAGACAAAAGGAUUUUAAUAAUAGUUUGAAUUUGAUUAAUAUUUGCCUGCAAAUAUGUUUUUAAAGUUUGUUCAAGAAAGGCUUGUAUUACAACACUGUAGAUUAGAAAGUUUAUUCACGAUUAGUUUAACUGGACCUUAUGUUGUUUUGUGCAAGGAAGUGUACUUGUUUGUGUGUUCAGUUCACUUUAUCUUUUUUUUUUGUUGUUGUUCCAAAGUGCCUCGUCAUAUUUCUUGGAGACUACACACAAAUGACAGUACAACUGGUUUUAUUGGUUUCACUGCACAGUCGGGUUGUAAAUACUUUUGUAGCUUAAACCGUGUUCAAUGUUUCUUUUUAACCAACCUGAACAGUAGGAGCAGAACAGUAAGUCGGUCAUUUAUAUUGUUUUUGAUAGAUAUGCUGUUGGUCCAUAAACAUUUUUAUCCAUGUACGGAUUCACAUGAUGACUUUCAUUGACGCAUAAAUGUAACACGAACCAGAUGAUUUACUGUUGAUGAUGAAGGCACCGGCUCCUCUGGAGUGUUAUUGUCAUUGUCAAGCAAAAUUCAAAUGUUGUCUCAGUAUUUAGUUCAUCACAUCCCGACAGCAGCAGCAGCUGCAGCCGCCCUGCGCUGUGGUUUUGUUUCUAGGUAACUUAUGGACAGAGGAGCAUUUGCAUAUAGUAUCAGGUACAUGCCAUUUGUUUCUGCCAGUCAGUUUGUUAUACGGAGGUUUUAUGAAAGGCUGGUGGUUUCGGGUUGUCUAGUCUUUGAGUGUACUCCUCAUUGGAUGCAAGUUAAAAUACAUUUAAUUAUAAAACUGUAUUUUUGUAAAUAAAAACUUAUAGCACUGUA